AUGGCUCCAUUGCGAGUGCCAACAGACUUUUUUACGGAUGAUGUGACUGACUUUUUGAACUAUUCGACACAGCAUCCGGGAAUCGAAUCGCCCAGGCAUCACUUGCGCCACAGAAAUCAUUCUCGCGAUCAUUCGAGAAAUCACAAUGUUGUCGAUAUGCUAUCAAAUUCGAUAAUGGAUGUGAUAAAUACAAAAUUUAUUCCGGACAAUAGUGUUUUGCCGGAUAUGGAACCACUUUCAACUCAUAUGGACGGACAGGAACGGCAUCCACUGAGGAUGAAUAUAACGAUGAAUCGGUCUGACUUCGGUGUGAUAAGCGAGGAGUUGCUGUACCGGCAUAGCGGAGCGAUGACAGCGGUCUACUGCGUGGCGUAUUUGCUGGUGUUCGUGGUGGGCCUAGUGGGCAACUGCUUUGUGAUAGCGGUGGUGUACCGCUCGCCGAGGAUGCGAACCGUCACCAACUUCUUCAUCGUGAACCUCGCCGUUGCUGAUAUCCUGGUGAUCGUGUUUUGUCUGCCUGCUACUUUGAUGUCUAAUAUAUUUGUCCCGUGGGUGCUGGGUUGGCUAAUGUGCAAGACGGUACCGUACGUCCAAGGAUUGUCUGUCGCCGCCUCCGUGUACAGUCUCGUCGCCGUCUCACUGGACAGAUUCCUUGCCAUCUGGUGGCCACUCAAAUGCCAAAUAACGAAGCGGCGCGCACGCAUGAUGAUCGUCUUCAUCUGGAUAUUCGCCAUCUCCGUCACCACGCCCUGGGUGUUCUUCUUCGACCUGGUGGUAGUCUUCGAGGACAGCCCCCACGUGCGCCUCUGUCUUGACGUAUGGCCCAACCCCUUGAGCGAGAUAUUAUACUUCGUCAUCGGAAACCUCAUCUUCUGCUAUAUUUUGCCGAUGGUUCUUAUCACUAUGUGCUACAUACUUAUCUGGAUCAAGGUGUGGAGGCGCUCUAUACCCACUGACACACAGGAUGCUCAGAUGGAAAGAAUGCAACAAAAGUCUAAAGUGAAAGUUGUCAAGAUGCUGGUCGCGGUGGUCAUACUGUUUGUGCUCUCCUGGUUUCCCUUGUAUCUGAUAUUCGCGAGGAUAAAGUUGGGCGGUCCGGUGCAGAAAUGGGAAGAGGACAUUUUCCCCGUGGUGACGCCGCUGGCGCAGUGGCUCGGCGCCUCUAACUCCUGCAUCAAUCCUAUACUGUAUGCUUUCUUCAACAAGAAAUACAGGAAGGGAUUCGUCGCCAUCAUUAAGAGCAGGAAGUGUUGCGGGAGGCUGCGGUAUUACGAGACGAUUGCACUUCAGUCCUCGAGUACGUCGACCAGGAAAUCAUGGCAUUAUAACAACAAUAACCACGCAUCGAUCACACGUCGGUCACCUCCCGUGGACAAGAAUGCCGUGUCCUUUAUCUUCAACCAUACAGGAGUUUAA